GUCAAACUCAAACCCUAAUCAUUUGCAUCGAAUAUUCCCACAUUUCAAUCAUAAUAUCACCAAGCGGAGAUAAACACCAACAAAUUGGGAAAUCCCCAAUUUAUGAUUACCAUAUAAUGAUCAAGAAAAGUGCCUCAAAAGCUAAUCCAACACGAAACGUAUUAGGGUUUUUUUUCCUUCCCCAAUUUCUUGCUUUGAAUGCAGAGUUAAACUCCUUAUUAAUCGAAUCCACAAGUUUCUAUUGAAGCGGAAGGAAAGCAAGAAGGUUUUUGGUUUGAUGGAACAAGAACAGAUUGAAACAAGGUCGUUGUCUUCGUUCUCAUCUUCAAUGGGAAACGAUGAUAAUAAUGGUGAAAGAAAGGUGAAAUCAUUGGCACUGUCGUCAAAAUUUCCAUUAACGUUUUGGGAGAUGGCGGGUGCAUCUGGUGUUGUUUUGGGUUUCGCCGUUAGUCUCCUCGGAAUUUACCUCACCUUGCCGGAUUCCGAUUACAGCUUUCUUAAGCUUCCAAGAACCCUAGAAGAUCUUCAUAUUCUCAGAGAUCAUCUCGAGAGCUAUACAAGUGACUACACGAUCCAGGUUCUGGUUGGCUAUUGCACUGUCUAUAUCUUUAUGCAAACUUUUAUGAUUCCGGGGACUGUUUUCAUGUCGCUGCUUGCUGGUUCCCUUUUCGGGGUCUUAAAAGGCGUAGCUCUCGUUGUGUUUGCUGCUACCGCUGGUGCAUCUUCUUGCUACUUUCUAUCGAAAUUGAUAGGCCGACCCCUUAUCUUGUCUCUGUGGCCUGAUAAAUUGGUGUUCUUCCAAGAUCAGGUGGCUAAAAGGCGAGAUGGGCUGCUGAACUACAUGCUUUUCUUAAGGUUGACCCCGACUCUGCCUAAUACAUUUAUUAAUGUUGCUUCGCCAAUAGUCGAUGUGCCUUAUCAUAUAUUUCUACUGGCAACUUCCCUUGGGAUCAUUCCCGCUGCUUAUGUCACCGUCAAGGUAUUAAUCGUUCUUAAACUUUCUUUCGUUUGUUUCCUUGUAUUUGAGAUUACAAUGCCCAUUUAUCACUCACCUAGUUGCGUGCCCGUGUGUUCACUUAUUCAUAAUGAAUAUUGUUAGAUGGCUGUUAUUUGACAUGUGAUUUAGGCAUGAUUUGAUUUGAUUUGAUUAUAUUUGAUUUGAUCUUGUUUCCUUCUAUUCUACAAUGAUGUACUAUACAGAUCAUGGGUUUGCCUCUUAAUAGAACACAUAUCAGAGCUUUCGUAUUAGGUCUUGUGAGAGAGUUUUGGUGAUUUUUCGUGAUUA